UUUCCUUCUCUGCCAUCAGCAUGAGACAUUUACUCUUGAUUUCUUCUUUUAUUUUUUUAAUUAAUCUUUUAACUGUAGACACAAACAGCUAUACCUUUAAAGGAAAGAGAUGUCAAAGGAACACUGUUGAAGAAACUAAAAAUACUGGUUGUGAUUUGUCUCGUUCCAUCAAUUCAGCUUUUAAAUAUAAAAUAAUUGUUUUCUAUAGUCAACGGUUGGUAUUUAAUACACUGGAUGAUGUGAACAGAUUACUAAAGCAGUUGCUAGUGUUCAUUGCUAGCUGCUGCUUGGCAACACCACAUCCAGAAUGUUUCUACAGUGAAAAUAUCAUUUUCCAAGGUAGAAUUUGUGAAGAUAACAUAUCAUUGUCAAAAAACAAGCAAGCUGCUCUGUGUUGUAAACAAGAUCAUUUGGAAAGAGAAAGAUGUUUUCACAACCUACAAAACAAUCCACCAUUUUCACUGCCCUCAAUGGGGGAUGGCAUCAGCAAUGAUGAGGAAUGUCUUGCAUGGGCAGCAAAUAAACAUGGAUUUAUAGAAAGUUACCUCCAUGGAUUUGCUAGAAGACUGACAAAAUUCACACCUUCACUGGCUACUAAUGUUUUCCAUUCAUUCCUGCUCAUUUACAUGAAAUGUUGUGAACAGUCAGAAAACAAAUCAUCAUGCUUUGUCACUGAGAAAAAUGUGUUUCCUGAGAAUAUGAAAACUAAAAUGCGACUAGAGAAUACCAUGUGCCUUAUGAACAAAUACUGGGAAAAUGGUCUACGGGCUUUAGUUUUUUAUGCCAAAAUGAAGCCAAGUGAUCCACUUGAAAAGGCUAUUGAUUUUGACAAGAAUUAUAUGGCACUGGCAUCACAGUGCUGUGGGCCUGAAUCCUUGAUUUCUGAAUGCUUUGAGACAUGGUCAGGUGUUCUCUUUUCUCGAAUUUGUACUUUAAUGGAAAGCAACUUGCAGAAAGCCUGCUGCCUCAAAAGUAUUCCUGAAAGAGAAAAAUGCCUCACUGAAAUAGCAAUUGAGGAGUCCAAGACUUUGCCCAACAUAUCCAUUGAAGCGGAACACCUAUGUAGACUUAGACAAAACUUACAGUUAUUAAAAUGGAUUGUAUAUGAAUAUUCCCGAAGAAAUCCACAGUUAGAUGUUAAGAGAAAUCUUGAUUCUGCUGUAAGGGUAAAUGGCUUGAUUACCUACUGCUGUGCAACAAAUAAUCCAAGCGAUUGUAUUACUAGCUUUUCUGAACAUUUUCAUGUAUAAGUUGAAUAUUUUGGCGUCACUAGUUUCAUGAAAAAAAAUUGUAUUUUGUACCUUCAUACAUUCAUUAGAGUCAAUCUCUAAGAUGAUGAAACAUAGCACAUAUUGCACAUGUUAGAUUUUCAUCUUUGUAAUAUUGCCAAUACAAUUUUAAAAUACAGAUGAAUCCAGAGCUAUCCAAUGGAAACAAAUAUUCAUAGCACAAUUUUCUGCAUUAUACCUCUGCAGUUAUAUUGUAUUCAAUUUCAAUGAAAUGUAAAUCAAAUAUUUAAUUUAAAAAAUGAAACUGUAUCCAAGAGUUUGUUAUAAGAGUUUUUGAAUAAUUAUUGUGAAUGUGUCAAUAAUUUUUUUAUGUUGUUGGAAUAAAUCAUUGUUUUCUAGUA